UGAAGUAACUUAAACGACUGGAAAUGCCAAAUUUCGACCAACUCGUGAUCGCGUGUGAAGACUUGUUGAUAAAAGAUAAAUUGAUUGUGUGAUUUCCUUUUAGCACGAAGGGAAUAUUGUCCCGUGGUGUCUUUAUAAGCUAGUGAGCCCGCUAAGUAUUGUCUACUGUAAUUCUUAUUUUCACGGAUAUAGUACUACACGGAAACAAUACUGUAAUCCAACCUAAUUCACAUUUUCCAACGUGCCUCGCUGGCGGCAAAUUUGCAAACUUCUGUGGCUACCGAUUUUGGUAAUCCUGAGAUACGAUGAGCCCGUUAAACAGAGGGCCAAUGCUAGGCCCUCGAAUGCCUCCGGUUGGCAUGCGACCUAUGGCUCCUCCACGGUUCGGGGGACGUCCUCCUCAUCCUGGAAUGCCAUCCAGAUUACCACUCCCAUAUCCUGUAAACCCAAUGUUUGGCCCUAUGAGACAACGUCUUCCACCCCUUGGUCCUGGGGGUCCACCUCCAAUGUUUGGACCCAGAGUACGAGGAAUGUCGCCAAUGCUUAUGGGCCCUAUGAUGGGACCAAGAGGUAUGGGGCCUCGAGGUCCUCCGAUGAGGCCUGCGCCUCGAAACAUGAUGCCCUCGCAAGGCUUACCACAUAUGAGACCUCGUUUGCCUCCUUGCGGAAUAAAUGUAAAAGCCAAAGCGAUUAACAAUGCCAAAAAAGUUAGCAAACUUGAGGAAUUGGAGUUGAAAAAGCCUUGGAUGACAGAUGAAAUUCGCAGUGAGAUACAAAAGAAAAAUAAGUUAUAUGCCAAAGCUAAGAAAAACAAAGAUGCCAAGGAGUGGGAAGAGUUCAAAGACUUGCGUAACAAAGUUACAAGGAUGAUACGGGAUGCCAAGACUGAGUAUUUAGCCAAGAAUCCAGAACAGGCGGAACUCUACGGAAACGACACAGCUCCUUACGACGUAAGAGAUGAAAAUUAUCUGAGCUCUGAAGAAGAAGAGCAGAAAAAUUUCUGCGAAGUAUGUGAUCGUGAUUUUCCAUCAAAGGAAUGCCUGGCGCGACAUAUCUCAGAACAUCGAGUUUGUGGGAUUGAAGGCUGCAGUUUUUCCGCUCAUUCAAAACUCGUUGAAAAACACAUCGGUAUGCAACACUCCACCGGUUUAUAUCAUCGAAUGAAAAACUUGUCAAGUCCAGAGGAUAUUGAAAACUGGAUAUUAGAACGCAAAAGGAGGUAUCCGACAAAGGCUAAUAUAGAACAUCUCAAGGCUGUAGAAUCUGAAAAACGACAACGAUUUGAAGUAAUAAAAGAAAAAAAAUCUCUGACCAAACCUAGUACAGGGCUAAGUGGAGCAAAGAAAGUUACAAAACGAAAAAAUCGUAGGCGAACAACUGCAGCCGUAGUACCCCUAAAGAUAUCGGAACCUCAGAUUUAUCAAGGUGUCGCACCAUUUGCUGGAACACUGACCUUGCAAGAGCUCUCGGAUGACGUAGAACAUUCUCUAAUCGAAGAUUCAGAUGAUGAGAAAAACAAAAAAAAAAUCAGUGAUACUUCUGAUAACGAUGAGAUCAUCAAAACUAGAUCCUGUGAAACGAAAAAUCCGGUAUCCCUAUGCCUUGUGGCAGAUUAUGGCACGGACUCAGACGGAGAUAAUGGACCAGCAGAGGUACCUCUAAAGAAAAUCAGAGUGGACUCAGGUGAUAUCCAAAAUUCUCCAGACCCAUCACACCCAAACGACAACUCAAAUCACAACAAAUUCGGAUCAAGUGAUAAUAAUAACCGCAGAAAACAGCCAAAAUCAACUGGAAGGACUAGCCAAAAUACUACCAAUGGCAAGAAUGAACAGCGUGGUAAACAGCUGCAAAGGUCCUCUGAACAUUCGAAUCGAAAAGGCACAAUAAAAAGGAACUUGCAGUUGCUAAACAACCUCUUAUCUCGCUCAAUACAGCAUGAAAGGAACUUGAUUGCCCAAUGUUUAAAGUAUAUCUUUGACAAUAAAUACUUUGAGUGAAACUGUGAUAUUGUCUGGGUCACGAGAAUUACUUGUAUCUGUAUACAACGAGUGAACAUUUCUAAGGAACCUUCAAUCUCACCAACAACCCAUGUAUCC